CAUAACUUCUUUGUCUCUUGGUGCAUUCCACAGAGGAGGGAGCCAGCACUAGUCACAUUUUAAAGUGACUCUAACCAGUGCCAUUUGUUCGUAUUGUCAUUGAAAAAACCUUCAUUGUCUUAAUAUUGCAGGAUAUUUUAACACUCUGCAGUUCAGUUUCUGAGAGCUUUUCUGAUAACCCUUCCACCUCAAGCAAAAGAAAUAUCGAUUCCUGCAUUUCUGAAGAUCUCCAGAUUUGGACUGUUGAAGACUUUUCAGUGAGGCUCAUCCAUAACUUGAGACAUGACGAAUAAAUACAAGAAAAUCAUUCUGCUGAAAGGAUUAGAGAAAAUCGAUGAAUAUCAUUUUAGUAUGAUUAAGUCUUUACUGGCUCAUGAUUUAGAACUGACUAGAGAAAUGCAAGAUAACUACGACAGAGUUAAGAUUGCUGAUCUAAUGGAACUAAAGUUCCCAGGAAUUACUUGUGUCAACAUACUAGAAGAAUUGUUAAGCGACAUGAUAAAAUAUAAAGAUACUGUAAAAGAAUUUAGAAAGGAAAAGCUAAAAGUCGCAAGGGAAAUUGGAGCAGAAAUGUCACCUUCAGCAAAAAGGAGAAAACAGGAAGAAACAUGUUCCGAUAUGCAUGGACCUACCACACAUAUUAAUCUGCCAUCUGAAGGAGCAAAGGAGAGUCCUGUGGCUCAGAAAAGAAAAACCUCAACCCAAGGAGAAAGUGGAACAAAAAGGAAAAAGGUAUCUCAGAAGCAGACUCAGUCUGUCUCCCCCUCAGGAAGCAACACAUCCACAACUGCGGGCUUUCCUCCACUUCCCCAGACCUCACCAUCAGCUUCAUCUUCCACUCACCUACCCAAGAACCAGAAAAGCCAGGUCCAACAUAAGGGAGCUGCCAGGAGAAGUUCUCUUCAAAAGGGCCCAAUGACAGUGAUGGUACUAAAAGCAACAGAGCCAUUUGAAUACGAGUCUCCAGAAGAGGGGAAGAGCACAAUGUUUCAUGCUACAGUGGUUACUGCCAGUCAGUUUUUCCAAGUGAAGGUUUUUAACACCAACCUAAAAGAGAAAUUCACAAAGCAGAAGUUCAUUACCAUAUCAGAUUACUCUGAAUGCAAAGGAAAUCUGGAGAUAAACAAAGCAUCAUCUGUAUCGGAAGCUGGUCCUGAUCAAAAGUUUGAAGUGCCAAAGCACAUCAUCAAAAGAGCAAAUCAAACUCCCAAGAUCGAUAGUCUUCACAAGCAGGCCCCAGGAACAAUCGUGUAUGGCUUGUUUGUGUUACAUCAGAAACAAGUAAAUAAGAAGAACACAGUCUAUGAAAUACAGGAUAAUACAGGAAAGAUGGAUGUCCUGGGGAAUGGAAAAUGGCACAAUAUCGAGUGUGAAGAAGGAGAUAAACUUCGACUCUUCUGCUUUCAACUGAGAACAGUUAAGAAGCUGAAACUCACAUGUGGACUUCACAGCUUCAUCCAGGUCAUCAAGACUAAGAAAAGAAGGACCAAUUUAAUUCAGAAAGUUGGAGAAGCAAUGGGGAAUGAAUUCAAGAGAAUUGUUCUGCUGAAAGGAUUCCAGCACAUGGAUGAUUAUCAUUUUAAGAUGAUUAAGUCUCUACUGGCCCAUGAUUUAAGACUGACAAGAAAAAUGCAAGAAGAAUACGACAGAAUUAAGAUUGCCGACUUGAUGGAAGAAAGGUUCCGAGGGGCUGCCUGUGUUGACAAACUAAUAGAGUUGGUCAAAGGAAUUGAUGAUAUUAAACACCUUGUUAAACCUCUUCAAAAGGAGAAGUUAAAAGUUUUAAGGAGACUCAAUGCAAAAGAAACCGCUUCAGCAAAAAAAAGAAAGCAGAAUGAAUCCAGUACUGAUGAAUCGACAUCCGCCACAAAUGAAGCUUCGGGAUCUGAAUCAACCAAGAAUACACCUAUGAAGAAAAAUAAAACCACAGAAACUAAUGAAUCUAAAAGGAGGAAGCUAACCCAGGAGGAAAGUCAGCUCCCAGGAACUUCCAGGCAGCUCCUAGAGUCAGCAACCAGCACACAGUCCACUGAGAGCCUUUUCCAGACUCUUCAAACGCCUGCACCAACCCCAUCCAGAAUUUCCUCCACCAAGGAAAAAAAAGACACAACCACCAAAGCUAAUGACUUUAAAAAGAAGGUAUCUCACAAACAGAGUCAGCUUCCAGGAACUUCAGCAGCCAGCGCAUGCCCAACCCAAAGCUCUUAUCAGAUGAUGCAAAUGUGUCUACCAGCCCCAUCCACCAGUUCCUCAGUCAAGGAAGAAGAAAAAAAAUGUAUGUUCCUUCUGAAAAAAGAAGGCACAACCACUAAAACUGUUGACUCCUCGAGGAUGAAACGACCCCCAGUGCAGAGUCAGCAUCCACAACUCUCAACAUACAGCAUGUACUCAACUGAAGCCUGCCUCCAGAUGCCUCAGAUGCUGUCACCAACCCCGGCCAGCAGUCCCUUAGCCAAGAUCAGUAGCCUCCCCUCCAACUCAAAGUGCUCUCCUGACACCCAGAAAUGGUGCCGGCCACUGGGGAGACAGGAGAAACCAAGAUUGAAGGUGGUGCCGAAAGAAGCUUCCAAAGAGGAUGGUUUCCACAGUGGCCCCAAGGAAGUGAUGGUGUUGAAAGCCAUGCAACCAUUUACGUAUGAUGUCAGAGAUGGCGAGAGAAAGAUGUUUCAUGCCACAGUGGCUACUGAGAACCAGUUCUUCCAAGUGAAGGUUUUUCAUGUCGCCCUGAAGGAGAAGUUCAUCCCAAAGAAAAUCAUUGCCAUAUCAGAUUAUUAUGGCCGCAAUGGGUUCCUGGAGUUGUACAGUGCCUCAUCUGUGUCUGAGGUUAACACUGACCGAAAGAUGGAGAUCUCUAAAAGCUUGAUUCAAAAGGCAAACGCAACUCCUAAAAUCAGUGAUCUUUACUUGCAAACUCUAGGAACAUUUGUGAGUGGGGUGUAUCUGGUGCAUAAAAAAUUGGUGUGUAAUGAAUGCCUAUAUUAUGAAAUACAAGAUAAAACAGGAGUGAUGGAAGUCCUGGUUUACGGAAGACUGACCAGUGUCUACUGUGAAGAAGGUGAUAAACUUAGACUCACUUGCUUUGAAUUGGCAUUAAGUGGAGAGAAGAGGCAGCUGAGAUCUGUAAUUCACAGUUUCAUCAAGGUCAUCAAGGCCAGGUAAAGCAGGAAACCACAACUCCAUCCUGAUUCAUAUAUGGAAGCCUCACUAGAGCUACUCUUCUAAAAACCUGGAUGUCAUUAAUAUUGAUGUUUGCGGAGCUAAGAUCUAAGUACAAGAAAAAAUAUACAUACACAUAUGGUUGAAAUAGAGCAAUAUAUAUAUAUACUCUUAAUUUUUACGAAUGGAUGUUGAGAUUAUUUCAUUUUCAUUUUUAUAUUUUUCUGUACCAUUUCGAUGCAAUAGUUUGCAUCUACGAAUUUUGUAAUUUGGAAAAAACAAUAAAUGUUAUGUUUGUUUGUUUUUUUCUAAAGACCUGCUUCCGGAGUUCCCGUCGCGGCGCAGUGGUUAACAAAUCCGACUAGGAACCAUGAGGUUGCGGGUUCGGUCCCUGCCCUUGCUCAGUGGGUUAACGAUCCGACAUUGCCAUGAGCUGUGGUGUAGGUCGCAGAAGCAGCUCAGCUCGGAUCCCAUGUUGCUGUGGCUCUGGCAUAGGCUGGUGGCUACAGCUCCGAUUCAACCCCUAGCCUGGAAAACUCCAUAUGCCUCGGGAGCGGCCCAAGAAAUGGCAAAAAGACAAAAAAAAUAAAAAUAAUAAAUAAAAUAAAGACCUGCUUCCCUAGGAGUCUA